UUUAAAGCAACCUCAUCUGCUCACCUUUCCUGUACUAUCCUUGCUAUACAAUCAAACUCUCAAAUACUUUCUUUUGCUGCCUGCUACCCUGGGAAACAAAUAGAACCUUCCUGUUAUGUGACUCCUAACUAGAACUGAAGGGAAAAAGUUAAAUCACUUAAACUUAAAAACUUAAAAAAGCAAUUUCAAGCAUUCUUUUGGCUUCUGUACACAAACUGAAAAUUCAAUGAUGAUUUUCUCAAAACACUACUGUAUCCUGGUUUCCAUAGCAUAUUUUUCUUCUAAAAUAAUUUUAGAUUGCUUAUACAUCUUGGGUAAUAAUUGAUGCAAAAAAGAUCAGAAGAGUUUGGUAAUUUGCAUGAUGUGAUCUUGGAUGAAGGUCUCUGUAAACAGUAGGGGCUGCACAGGGCAGGCCUGAACAAAAUUGCUGCUCAAGAUACCAGCUAUCUUCUGCUGCAGAAUAUGAUUUUAGAUUUUCACUCUGGAAAAAAAAAAACAAACAAACAAAAAAACCCCCCCUCACUUCCUAAAAAACGGCCUGGAUUUGGAGUCACGAGAGAAAUAAAUGAAAGCUGAAAGUCCCUAUUACAUCUGGGAAAAAAAAAAAAAGAAAAAGCCACCUUUCUAGAGACACACAAGGAGGAACUGCAGGUUCAGCUGUCUUUGUCCACAUCUCUGUGUGCUGUGGCUGACAAAUACAGCACAAAAAGGUGCGAGCAAUGCAGCGAUUGCAAAGUGCAACGCACCAGGGCUUGGCGUAAUAUUUCCUCUGCAUUGUACAAGCAUGUCUGUCAAAAACAAGCACACACAGUGGUUUUGUAAAAACGGAGCUGAGUUAACCCUCUCUAAAGCAGCUCUGUGUCCCCUCCCAGCAGGGCCCAGGAUGCCACAGUACAAGCUCACCUACUUCAACCUGCGGGGACGAGCAGAGAUCAGCCGCUACCUCUUCGCCUAUUCGGGCAAGAAGUAUGAAGACUACAGGAUAGAAGCAGCAGACUGGCCCAAAAUCAAACCAACUAUCCCAUUUGGCAAACUCCCCAUUCUGGAAGUAGAUGGAGUUAUCAUUCACCAGAGCCUAGCAAUGGCAAGAUACCUUGCCAGAGAAGCAGGUGUGGCAGGCCAGACACCUGUGGAGCAGGCUUUAGCUGAUGCCAUUGUAGACACCAUCGAUGAUUUCAUGACGCUCUUCCCUUGGGCAGAGAAAAACCAGGAUGUGAGAAAAAAAGCAUUUGAUGAUAUCCUCACCAACAAAGCACCUGAGCUACUGAAAGAUUUGGAUACUUUCUUAGGGGAUAAGAAGUGGCUGGUAGGGAAUUCUGUAACGUGGGCUGAUUUCUACUGGGAUGUGUGCAGUACAACACUUCUGUCCUGUAAACCUGACCUGGCAGACAAAUACCCCAGGCUUUUGGCUCUCAGGGAGAGAGUGCAAACACUUCCAGCUAUUGCAGCCUGGAUCCAGAAAAGGCCAAAGAGCGCAAUGUAGAUCAGCUGCUCAGAAAAACAAAAUGCUUGUUUAGUUUUCAAUACGACAAAAAUCCUAAGUUAUUAACUUCUGAAUCAUUUAAAUUAACUUCAGUUGGCUAUGGUGUAUCAAAUCAAAAUCUACCACUUAUAUUCACUUGCAAGAGAACCUAGAAUACUGAUUUAGCAGAGUAAUAAAUACUGAUUCACAGAAGUGUGGUUUCAAUCACAUUCCCCCUCUACUAACAUAAUGCUCGAUCAAACCAAUUAAUGUUUUGUGCACUCUCAAAGGGAGAUAAGGUGAAUACAUCUUCCUGGAGCGGUGCAACCUCAACAGCAUUUUGCCUAUUACAGUCUUUCAAUCUGGAGGAAAGCAAGUUAAAUUGAGAUGGCAAAUAUGUGGAACACAAAAGAAAAGCAAAACAAAACCAAACCCAAAAAAAACCCAAACCGAAACAAAACAAACCUCAAAAUAAUAAUUAAAAAAGAACCAAAAAAGACCUAUUUAGUCAAAAAUAUUUGAGGACCUGAAAAAAGUGCUUGAGAAGUUUGAAGUUUAUGCUGUGCCCCUGAAAAAAAACCAAACAAAAACCUCCAAAACAAGCCAAAAAAGCAGUUGCACAGCUGAGCUGGUGCCCACACCAGCACGUUUUCCAUAAAUGCACAGCUGCAAAAACAUUCAGCAGCUCAGUAUGUAUGCCAGUAAGCAGGAGACACAGACUGGGGGACAGUGGUGGUGGCAACUGGUUUAGAACAAAUGAAGUCCUCUUCCAGGACUGGAGAAAAGGCAGGUGAAAAUCCUGGCAAUGUGGACAGCUGUGGAUGGAAGUGGUUUAUACAAACUCAAGGGCAGACAAGUGCUUGUGAGAGUUCUCCAUUGUGUGGUGUAAGCAGAUAAACCACAACUAACUUGGGCAACACACUGAGCUGGAAAUCACCACUGUGGGCAAAGUACUUCACAUUUACUUUCCCUCCCAACCUCAAGUAUUACUUCAUGGAAUCAUGAGUGACACCAAACAACCCCUAAGAGAGGCAAGUGAGAUACUGUCAGAACAGAAAGUAACAACCUUUACUCAUUCUUAUCUUCACCUGCUUUGAAACUCCUUCCAUGCUUUGCUCUGGCUCUUCAUACAUUUUUCC